CUCUCCCCAAGCAUAGUCAUCAAUUGAUAGACGGGAACAAUAUGGGAGGGUGUGCAACAAAGGCCAGGGUUUCAAAGACCGAAGCUGCCGACAAGCAGGCCAACGAGCCGCCUCCAGAGGCGAAGAAAGCGGUAAUGGUGGUGAUGGAAGCUGGAAGAGAUUACAGCGAGAGACUGAAGGAGAUCGUCAGUGACGACGGCGUCAAUGACAAGGGCGAUGAGCAUGGCAUUCAUAAGGGUCGUUCCCUCAGUCUCUUGUUUGGAGAGAUAAAAGAGGCGAAGAAAGAGGUGACGGUGGAGGCUGGAGAUUACAGCGAGAGAGUGAAGGAGAUCGUCAGUGAUGACGACGACAACGAGGAGGUCGAUAGGCAUGGCACUCAUAAACGUCGUUCCCUCAGUGCCUUAUUCGAAGAGGUAAAAGAGGCGAAGAAAGAGGUACUGGUUAUGGUAGAAGCCGGAGAAUACGGCGAGAGAGUGAAGGAGAUCAUUGCCGACGAUGAUGUCACUGACAAGAUCAAUGAGCAUGGCACUCAUAAACGUCGUUCCCUCAGUCUCUUGUUCGAAGAGGUGACAGAAGCGAAGAAAGAGGUGACGGUAGAAGCCGGAGAUUACAGCAAUAGAGUGAAGGAGAUCGUCGGCGAUGACGACGCCGACGCCAACGACAAGUUCGAUAGGAAUGGCACUCAUGCACGUCCUUCCCUUAGCGUCAUAUUCGAAGAGGUAAAAGAGGCGAAGGAAGAGGUGAUGGCUAUGGUGGAAGCCGGAGAAUACGGCGAGAGAGUGAAGGAGAUCAUUGGCGACGACGACGUCGCCGACAAGAUCGACGAGCACGGAACUCACAAACGCCGUUCCCUUAGCCUCUUGUUCGAAGAGGAGUGCAAGGACUCAGCCGUAGAGGACAAGGCAUCGGCUGAGCUAGAGAAGCAAGGGAAACAAUCAUGCAAGGGAGACAUUCCAAACAACAACUUGGCCAGUGAACCCAAACGAAUUGGAAAAUCAGAAGUUACAGUUGAAGAAGAGCAACUUGCUUUCACUGCUGGAGAUGCCGCUCGAGAAGGGUCUGAUGGAACCCAGAAAGGAGAUGGGGCGACGCCGGAACUCGUCAGAAAGUUGAAACAGAUGGAGAAAAUUCAAGGGAAAAAGCCGAUGAGAAGGUGGAAAUGAUGUCAUUAAGGCAGCUGCAUAGCUUAUGGUUUGAGCUUAUAAGGAGUAGUUUUCCAUGGCAACACAUGUAAUGAUCCUUGGGCGUCGUUCGCCCGUUUGUGAUCAGAACUUAUACUUUUGGCUUACUUUGAUUAUUCCUAGUUUGAGUUCUGGCAUGACAAUGAUGUUGCUGUUUUUGCUUAACUUUAGCUUGGAUGUCAUUGAAGCGAACUUUUUU